AUGAGUUCUGAUGCGGAAAGCUUCUUAUGUAAUUAUUUGCAAACGACCCAUUUCUCUAUACAACUGGAGUCAACUUUACCUGAUAAUGCAGCAUUAUUAUUGGCAUAUGUUCGUUUUAUUAUGAAUCAAGAAAUAUACGAAGAACUGCUCUUCGCAAGAACUUUGAUAACUGACACUAAAGAUUUUGAAUCUAGGUUUGAGGAUAUUCUGACUAUGGUAAUACCACCGUGGAUAAUUAAUCCAUAUGGUGACAUAGAAGAAACGAAUGUCAUAAUACAAGAGGAACUGACUGAACUAAGUGCAGAUAACUGUCUUAUUACGGAAUCUGCGUAUGCUGGUGCAGUAGUCAAUGUACAGGAUGUGCGAGCCCCUUUGCCUGAUACAGCUGUUGCUUCCAGCAACCACCCUGCAGAGGACCCUAUAGAAGUUGGAUUUAAUUUUGUACAAACAGAUCCAUCAGUAGUACUUCUUGAUACACCUCAUGACAUUACGAAUACGGAAGGAAAUUUCUCAGACGACUCGGAUAUUGAUCCUAUUUAUGUACCCGAAGAAACAACAGAUUCUGAUUCAUCUAUUGUGCCAUUUAUACCUCAUGAAACCAAAAACCGAAUUCAGGUGCCUAAAAAGCGUAAGAUAACGCCCAAAGAAAGGAAAGGCAGAAAACGUGUAAAAAAUACAAAUGAGUGGAUUGAUGUUCGAGCUAAGAAGGAAUUAAACUUGGGCAUCGAACAUAAAAACCGGAAAGGUAAAAUUAUUCCCGCCAAACAGAUAAAGAAUCCAUGUAAAGAAAACUGCAGAAAUAAAUGUCGUCAAAAAAUAAGUGAGGAAGAGAGAAAAGCAUUGUUCGAGGAGUUUUGGAAAAUAGGUGAUCAUUCUAGACAAUGGGAUUACAUAGUUAGGUAUGUCAAAACAGUGGAGAAGAAGCACGUAAAACGGACAGAUAGCAAAUCAAGACGAAAUCAUUCUAGAACAUACCAGCUUCUUGUCAACAACAAGGAAAUAACGGUUUGUAAAACUAUGUUCCUGAACACCUAUGGAAUAUCAGAGCAGUGGGUGACGACUGCUCUAGGAAAAAUUGGAGAAACUGGCACUCUUGAAGAAGAUCGUCGAGGGAAGCACCUGACAAGACCAAAUAAAAUUGACGGAGGUGUCUUAAAUGGGAUAAGAGAGCACAUUCAACUCUUUCCUGUGGUGCCUUCCCACUAUACCAGGAAAAAAUCAACAAAGAUGUACUUAGAGGAUGGUCUCAACAUUUCAAUUAUGCAUCGCCUCUACUUAAAGUACAUGGAACAGAGAAAUGCUACAGAAGUAGGAACUUUAAGACAAUACAGAGAAGUUAUCAAUGCCGAGUUCAAUUUAGCAUUCCAUAAACCAAAGAAGGACCAAUGCAGUCUCUGUGUAGCCUAUCAACUAGCAACUUCGCCAGAUAAGCAGAAAAUACAAGAGAAGUAUGAAAAACACGUUUCUAAUAAGAAAGCUGCUAGAGCUUUAAAAGAUGAAGAUAAAGAAACUGCAAUCAAUGACAAGACAAUUAGCGCAGCGUGCUUCGACUUACAAAAAGUUCUGGUGACACCCCAAUCUGCUGUAAGCGACUUCUAUUACAAAACCAAUAUAUCAGGCGACGAGACGUUGGAAAAGAGGGCUUAUUGA